AGGAUCUAUCAACUGGAACAUGGACCCUGCGACAACACAGACACUCCCUGGCCUUCAUCCUCCUCACACUCUCCUAAGGUUAAACCAGACCUCAGACAAUGCCAGUAGUAGUAAUUCUAUCACUAGAUCCAGUGGCAAAGAGAAGCGCUUCCCGUGUUCGUUCUGUGGAAAAGUCUUCAGUUUCCCCCAACAGGUGGAGAUCCACCAGAGGAUGCACACGGGGGAGAAACCGUUCGGCUGCAACUUGUGCCGGGCCAGUUUCUCCCACUCAUCCAGCCUGAAGAGGCACCAGAGGGUCCACACGGGGGAGAAACCGUUUGGCUGCCACCUGUGCCGGGUCAGUUUCUCCCACACGUCCAGCCUGAAGAGGCACCUGAAGGUCCACACAGGAGAGAGGCCGUUCACCUGUACGCACUGUGAGAAGAGGUUCUCAGAGAGGAGCUACCUCAGGUUACACCAGCAGAAAAUGCACACGGCCCAUGUAUAGAGUAUAGUGACAUGUAAUGUAGUACUAGUUAGUUUAUAGUUAAUUAUGUUUGUUUUGGAUGUAGUAGGGAACUGGAUGAGGUGAACUGAGGAAAUAAUGAGUAUGGUGAAGCAGAGUAGAUGAUAUUGUGAUGGUGUCUGUAAAAAUGCUUUACUGAUGAAAAGUGACAACCUUGUCCUGUUGUUUGAUGCUGGUGUUUAUAAUGAGGAAAUGAUAGUGCCUUAAUUCAUGUUUACUUGACAUGAAAUAGUGAAGCUGUAUGCACAACUUUGGCCCUCCUGUAGCUCAGUUGGUAGAGCAUGGCGCUUGCAAUGCAAGGGUUGUGGGUU